GCUCCUUCUGCCCCUGGUCUCCGCCUCCUUCCAGCUGGGCCCUUUCUCCUGGCUGCUUCUCUGGAUGCUCCAGUAACCAUGAGCCGCCAGUUUAGUUCUCGGUCGGCGUUCAGCUCAAGGAGCAGACGGCUUUACAGCGUUGGCUCUUCUGCAGGCUCUGGUGGUGGGAGUCGGGCUGUGGGGUCUGUGUGUCAGGCCCGAGGGAGGUGUGGCAGUGGUGGGUAUGGGAGCAUUGCGAAGGGGUUUGGCUCCAGGAGCCUCUACAAUCUGGGUGGCAGUAAAAGCAACUCUAUUAACCUGGUGGGGAGAAACACCAGUGGAUUCUGCCAGGGCGGGAGAGCAGGAGGGGGAUUUGGAGGGAGCAGAAGCUUUGGGGGUGGUGGUGGCUUUGGGGGCGGUGGCUUUGGAAGUGGCGGCUAUGGAGGAGGUGGUUUUGGGGGUGCUGGGUUUGGGGGUAGCAAUUUUGGGCUUGGGGGCUUUGGUCCUUCUUGUCCCCCGGGAGGCAUCCAGGAGGUGACCAUUAACCAGAGCCUCCUACAGCCACUUCACCUGGAGGUGGACCCUGAAAUUCAGAGGGUCAAGGCCCAGGAGCGGGAGCAGAUCAUGGUCCUCAACAACAAGUUCGCCUCCUUCAUUGACAAGGUGCGAUUCCUGGAGCAGCAGAAUCAGGUGCUACAGACGAAAUGGGAGCUGCUGCAGCAGGUGGACACGUCGACUCGGACCAACAACCUGGAGCCCGUCCUGGAGAAAUACAUCAGCAAACUGCGGAGGCAGGUGGAUUUCCUCAACGCGGAGCAGAUGCGCCAGAACACAGAGAUCAGGAGCAUGCAGGAUGUCGUAGAGGACUACAAGAACAGAUAUGAGGAAGAAAUCAACCGAAGGACCAGCACUGAGAAUGACUUUGUUGUGCUGAAGAAGGAUGCGGAUGCUGCUUACAUGAGCAAAGUGGACCUGCAGUCCAAGAUGGACGUUCUGUUUGGAGAGGUCAAUUUCCUGAAAUACUUAUUUCAGACGGAGCUGUCCCAGAUGCAAACCCACAUCAGUGACACCAAUGUCAUCCUGUCCAUGGACAACAACCGCUCCCUGGAUCUGGACAGCAUCAUCGACGCAGUGCGGACUCAGUACGAGCUGAUCGCUCAGAAGAGCAAGGAGGAGGCCGAGGCGUUGUACCAGACCAAGUACCAGGAGCUCCAGAUCACGGUGGGAAGACAUGGAGACGAGCUGAAGAACAGCAAGGUGGAGAUCACUGAGCUCAACCGCACCAUCCAGAGGCUGCAGGCAGAGAUCAGCAACAUCAAGAAGCAGAUCGACCAGAUGCACAUGGCCAUUUCGGAUGCAGAGGAGAGAGGAGAGCAGGCCCUCCAGGACGCACGGCAGAAGAUGCAGAACCUGGAGGAGGCCCUGCAGCAGGCCAAGGAGGAGCUGGCCCGGCUGCUGCGUGACUACCAGGCGCUGCUGGGAGCCAAGCUGUCCCUGGACGUGGAGAUCGCCACCUACCGCAAGCUGCUGGAGGGCGAGGAGAGCAGGAUGUCCGGAGAGCUGCAGAGCCACGUGAGCAUCUCUGUGCAGAGCAGCCAGGUGUCCAUCAGCGGCGGGGGCGGCGGCGGUGGUCGAGGCUCUGGAGGUUACUGCGGCGGAGGAGGCGGCAGCAGCAGCUCCCGCGGGGGCUACGGAGGGAGUUACGGAGGGAGCUACGGAGGAGGCUAUGGCGGGGGCAGUCGAGGGGGUUACGGGAGCGGCAGCGGCGGCGGGAGCUACGGAGGCAGCAGCAAGUUCAGGGGCAGAAUCAGCGGCGUCUCCUCCCACGUGCAGAUCGUCCAAACGUCUACCAACACCUCCCACAAGCGAGUGCUGGAGUAGAGAGAGCGGAAGCCUCCCACGCCCUCCACCGCAGGGCUCUCUCCUGUCACCGCCCCCGCGCCCUUCCCGACUCUCUCUCACUUACCUUUUCCUGAUGGGUCUCAGCAGUUUUGCCAAUAAAUUACACCCUAGAUGGCAAGCAGGUGGACAACCCCAGACGGCAGAUCUACCUCUGGAGGGCACGGCUGGCAGUCAGAAUCACAGCCUGGCACAUUCUCAACUCAGACUCCACCCAGCUGGCCCUGCUCCUGUCCCUGGGGGAUGCCCAGGGGCCCAGUUUGGCCCUGGAGAAAAAGCUGUAGAGCAUCUAGAAGGCGGAUAAUGGAGAGGUGAUGUCAAGGACACCAGGUGUCUCCCUCCCAGGCUCCCUUUCCUGCCCUUGGGCUGCUCUGUGAACAAUGAGCCAUUCCUCAGGGGACCCACAAAACAAGGCCUUUGGGGAGGUAGCUGAUGGCAAGGCAAGCCAGCUUGGUAAGGGGACCUCUGUGCCGGGGACCAAUUCCUGCCUCUGGGUCUGUGGCCUCACACUUCCCCGCUGAUGCGGAGUGUGGAUUUGCUGCUCACAUCAGACCCCUGUUAAGUUGUGUCUGGUCCUGACUUUGAAUCUGGGUCUCUGGAAGAAUUACCCCCCGGGCAAACAGCCCAAGGUGGGAGCAUUUCAGAGGGCAUGAGUCCUUGUCCACAGGGACGACUGUAAUUAGCAGUGAAUGGAAGAGUCGAUUGACAGGCAGUUAAGUUCUGAUCUGUCCUGCGCCUCCUGACACCUCCGUCCCUUGGAAGCCUGGCCCUUCCUGACCUCUGCUCCAUAAUGGCCCUCCUGAGAAUCGUCCAACAGGCUGGCCGGGUGCAGCCCAGCUCUACUCCAUCCUGGUGCCCAGGCCCCGAGGAGUCUGAGGGUCAGACGUGGGUCCUGGACAGUGCGCUCCUGAGUCAGUCUGGAAGCUGGCUGUUAUUCUCAAGGCAGCUCCGUGCUCUUUCCUAGACAGCAAAGUCCCAUCUGCCUCCUGUUCCCUGUGAGUGAGCAUGCCGUGAGGAUUUCACUCUUGCUUCUGAGCCUUACAUAAGAUGCUUGAGAUGUGCUGGAGGAGACAGGAAGAGGAAGGUAUCUGCCAACUAACGGGCCUUGAGAGAGCAAAGGUGGCUUUGCUUCUGAGAGCUGGCGUCACCUUCACUUGCUUGCUGGGUCCUAACACAACCUCCAAGUUCGCGAUUCUCGUGGAGCAGCUGAUGGGCUUGGUGUGUGCAGCCUGGGGAGGGCUGGGACUUCAUCAUUUCCUGGUUGAAGGUUGUACCUUGAAAGGCUUGAUAUUUUGGGUGUUUCUACAAUAAACUUUUCUGUGAUUUCGAA